AUGGCUCCCUAUGAGACUUUAUAUAGAAGGAAGUGUCGUACACCAUUGAAUUGGUACAAGCUCAAGGAUCGGGAAGUUUUGGGUCCCAAAUUGAUUAAGCAAGUAGAGGAAAAAGUUCAAGUGAUUCAGCACAGUCUUAAAGUGGCAUCCGAUAGACAGAAGUCGUAUGCUGAUCAUAAGAGGAAAGAGAUUGAAUUCCAAGUUAGAGAUAAAGUAUUCCUGAAAGUAUCUUCGUGGAAGAAAGUAUUACGUUUUGGCGGGAAAGGGAAGCUGAUUCCAAGAUAUAGAUCUGAUCCCUCUCAUAUUGUUGCACCAAAAGAAAUCGAAGUCCAAUCUGAUUUAAUCUAUGAGGAAGAAUCGAUGAAAAUAUUGGCAUAUGAGGUUAAACAAUUACGAAAUAAGAAUAUUCCAUUGGUCAAAGUUUUAUGGAGGAAUCAUAAAGUAGAAGAAGGAACCCAGGAACGUGAAAAAGAUAUGUAUAAACAAUAUCCCUACCAUUUUGUGCAGUGA